CAUUAAGGAAUUCUCACGUCGACUGUUACAAGGGGUUUGUCCUGUUGCAAGACCGGGUUUCAGUUGAAACUUCUCCUCAAAUUUUUCUUUGAGCACCAAUUUUACUGUGUUUAGUUUGUUAUCAGCAAUUUUAUCUUGAAAUGGCUGAAAAAAUCAUUACAUUGGAAGAAGUUGGUAAGCAUAAAGAUUCCAAAUCAGGUGUGUGGAUAACCAUCCAUGGGCAUGUGUAUAAUGUCACCAAGUUUCUUGAAGAACAUCCAGGUGGUGAAGAAGUUCUGAUGGAGCAAGCUGGGAAAGACGCAACAGAACCGUUUGAAGAUGUUGGACAUUCCACUGAUGCCCGGGACCUUUUAAAAGAAUACUUAAUUGGAAGUUUACCUGAGAAUGAAGCAAAGAAGGUUAAUGAGAAGAAUCCAUCAAACUGGGCCAAGAAGGACGAAGAAACGAAGUCUGCUUCAUGGGCAUCUUGGCUUAUUCCAAUGUCUCUGGCAUUUGUGGCUUCAAUGGGCUACAGAUUUUAUAACUCUAAUCAGGGCAACUGAAAGCAAAACUUUGCUGCACACCAACUUUAGACAUCAGUUAUCAGAUAAAAAUGUGGGGUUAUUUGUUUCAUUUUAAUUACGGUUAAUGGAUUACUGGUAAUAUGUAGUUGUUACCCAUAUUGCAGACCAUUCAUUCCACACCAUUUCACAGCCAAUGCAUGCAAUAUACUCGAAAACUCAAAAAUACAUUUCCUGAUAUGCUACCCUUAGUGUAGCAUUUUA